ACAGCAGCUGUUGUCAGUUGUCUGAGUUAAUGAUAACAUAUAUAUAAUAGCUAUUAUUAAUAUUCAUUGUUUAACAUUAACAAUAAUAAUAAUAAUAAUAAAGCUUCAUAAAAGUCAAACCGCAAACAACAAAGACGGUCUACGUUCUACUGCUUCUACAACUGUAGACAAUUUUGAAAAGCUAUAUACCAAAGCCUUUACAAAUUGCAUUUUUACGCAGCAAUCAUUAAAUUAUUAUCAUCUUUUAUUGUGCAAUAGCUGAUAUUAUUUUUUUGUAGACAAUUCACUGUGUGCAAAUCGCAGGCGUACCUAUAUUCGUCUUAUGAACAAAACUAUUUAUAAUUACUUGUGGCAUGCAAGUUUCUAGUGAGCAGCUUGUACGAAAAUGUUUUUGAGUAAAGUACCGCGAAAUGUUGUGAGGAAGACCAACUGUGUCCCACAACUGUUUUAUCACAAAAAUGUCAUCGAUCAUUAUGAAAAUCCACGUAAUGUUGGAUCAAUGAAUAAAAGUGAUAAGAAUGUUGGAACUGGAUUGGUUGGUGCUCCCGCGUGCGGUGAUGUUAUGAAGUUACAAAUUAAAGUUGAUGACGCUGGUAAAAUAAUAGAUGCUAAAUUUAAAACGUUCGGUUGUGGCUCAGCAAUUGCAUCCAGUUCAUUAGCAACAGAGUGGGUAAAAGGAAAAACUGUGGAUGAAGCGCUUUCAUUAAAAAAUACAGAUAUUGCUAAAGAACUUUCGCUGCCUCCCGUUAAACUUCAUUGUUCAAUGUUAGCAGAGGAUGCAAUAAAAGCAGCACUUUCUGACUAUCGAAUUAAACAACAGGAAAAGAACUCUGAAGAAGAGAAAUAAUUUUAAACAUUUUGUAAAUUAGUAGAUUAUUUAUUUUUAGCAUUGUUUAGGUUAUUGUGGAAGUCCAGUUUUGAAUAAUUGUUGUUUCGUUUAAUUAAAAAAACAAAUAAUAGGAAUACUAAAAAUUUGAGAAAUUCAAAUAGGAUUUAUACACAAUUUUUAUUGAAAUAUUAAAAAUCAAUUGCCACAUCAACUUAGAAAAGAAGCCGAUAAACUCUAUUUAUACAGAAUUUAAAUUGGAUCAUCUCAAGUAGAUUUGGCUUUGCAAAGGGGACAAAUUGGAGCAUUGCGAUGUAUUUGUUGAUGGCACGACAAACAUGAUUUCAUUGGUGGAGGUUGCUGCCUGAAAUAAUAAUAUACUACCAUUAAUUAAUAAAUAAACACAAUUUUACUUUAGAAUAUUACAAUUUUAACUAUUAUAAUUGAUAUUUAUAAAAUAAUAAAUAAAGUGUUUGAAAUGUUUACUAAAAUGAUGAACUUGUUUGUGUUCAUGUACAAUGCGCAAAAAUAAACUAACACUUAACUUCA